AUGAAUUUGACAUGGCAUGUUGUCUCCAAGUGUGGCUUGCAUUCAUCAGUUGAAGCAUCAAUGAAGCCUUCAGCAUUCAAACCAAAGAAGGCCCUUGUCAUCACAAAAGUGACAAGGUACGAGUUUGAGAAGCGACGUUUUCAAGAUGUAAGUGAUGAAGAGCUGCGAGAGUUGCUGUCCAGAAGAGGUUCAGACUUGGAUAUGUUGAAGCAGAGGCAUCUAGUUCACAAAGAAUGUGAGAAACGAGUUGUCCAGGCAUUGGAAUCUCAUGGCAUUGAAACCAAAGUUGCUUACAGGUUUGAUUACACCAUUGCAUCUGUUAAAUGGGCAGAUGUCAUUGUGAGUGCUGGUGGAGAUGGUACAUUUCUCUUGGCUGCAAGCAAAGUUCAUGACUCCAACAAGUUGGUGGUAGGAUUUAACAGUGAUCCAUCUAGAUCUGAGGGUCAUCUUUGCUUGCCCAAGAAAUACUCCCUUGCAGUGGAUGAAGCAGUGAAGAAACUCUGUAAUGGCCAGUUUCGGUGGAUGUUUCGAAAUCGAAUCCGAAUCACAAUUGCCGGAGAGAAUGUAUUCGAUCAACCAGUGGAACUUCAUGAUCAGCAGCUGCUUGCCCCUGAAUAUAGGUUUCUGGAAGAUCUACCUGAACAGCUUCAAUGUGCGAAGGCGAGGGAGAUGAGGGAAGGGAGGGAUUCACCCACACAUCAUCGUGUUCUGCCUGUACUUGCUCUGAAUGAGGUAUUUAUUGGUGAAUCUCUGUCUGCACGAGUAUCUUACUGCGAGAUCUCCCUUGACAAUGGUGACAAGUUCAAGCAAAAGUGCUCGGGGUUCAUUUUUAGCACUGGGACUGGUUCAACAUCAUGGACAUUCAACAUAAAUAAACUGACCCACCAAAAUGUGGAGAAGUUGCUACAUAUCAUUGAGGAUGAAGUUCCCUCGGUUCGAUUGAAUAAGAACGACUGCCGGCUCAUUGAGAAGAUAACAGCUCGCUUUAACAAUGAGCUGAUUGUUGAUCCUAGUGAGCCCCAGAUGGUGUAUACAAUUCGGGAUCCAAUCACGAUGGGAGUUCUCCCCACCCCUCUUGAUAGAAAGCCUCGAGGCUUUGCUCGAAGCGUGGAUGUGAAAUCUCGCUGUGUCGAUGCAAGUCUGGUCGUUGAUGGUAGUCUCAGCUUCCGAUUCAACGAUGGCACUUCGGCUACAUUAGAGGUCCUCGAUUCAGAUGCCCUUCGUACCAUCAUUUUACACGAAGACUGAUUUGAUCGUGGUCAUUUUGUGUGACUGGUUUUUAUUUAAGUUUCAGUGCAAUUUGUCGUGCUGUAACUGUUUACUUGGUUAUUCUUGCCUAUCCCUGUGCCAGCACUCAUUAUGGUAUUUAGCUCUGUGAUAAGGUUUCAGAGUGGCAGUAUUGUGAAUUUCAACAUGUUUUAGCAUUCCAGCUUUGGAAAUUGAAGAGGGUUUCCUGUGUUGGCUUUGCAUUUUCACUUGUGUUCAUGAGGGAUAUACAAUGGAAUUAAACAAAGUUUGGUCUUCUGCAUCA